UGCCGAUUACUGGAUUUAAGUUUUUCACGUGCAUUUAUUUUGUUUGUAUAAUAAAUAAGUUUUAUGAAAUGAAUGUUGAAUUAUAUUAACUAUCACAAUGAGUAAACAUAUAAGAUUUGAAGAAAAUAUAUUAGUUGAUGAAGACUACACAAAUUUUGGAAAAGAAGACAAAAACGCGGACCACAAGAAAGGUUAUGGUAUAGCCAGGAAUUUUGCUGAAUCUCUUGAUUAUGGAGAGAAAAAGAAAUGGUAUAAGCAGUUGCCCGAAGAACCAUCCACAACUACCAAAACAUUGUCACAUUUAGAGCUAGAAGCAUGUAAAAAAGAAGCAAGUAGUGCUUUACAUGGUGACACAUUGGCAUAUGAAACAAAAGCCAGUAAAUCAGGGACUUCUGAUUAUCAAUGGGCUAAAACACUUUUAAAUAAAGGUACUAUUGGAGACAGAGUGGCUGCAGCAACUAUCCUUAUACAGGAUAAUCCGGUACACAAUUUAAAUGCAUUGAGGAAUUUAGUGAAUAGUGUGAAACCAGCUAAGAAGAAAGAUGGUAUUGUUAUAAUAGAUGCGCUGUCAGAGCUUCUUAUAUCAGAAUUAUUAAUACCUGAUGUAAAAUUGCGAACAUUUGAACAACAUCCAUUAGGGCAUUUGGAUGAAAUGACAUCUGGCAACAAACAAGCACGCAGGAAUAUUCUUAAAUUAUGGUAUUAUGCAGAUCAGCUAAAGGAAUUAUAUGGAUCAUAUGUGGAAGCUUUAAACAAAUUCGCCCAUGAUUCUGUAGAAGCUAACAAGGAGAAGGCUGUUAGUGCCAUGUCAUACCUCUUGAUGCAUCAUCCAGAGAGGGAAAAGAUGCUACUAUCAAAUAUUAUAAACAAACUUGGUGAUCCAUCCCAGACCGUUGCAUCAAAAGUGAUCUAUCAUUUAUGUCAGUUAUUGUACAAUCAUCCUAACAUGAAAAAUGUGGUUUUGGCAGAAAUUGAGAAAAUGCUGUUUCGGCCAAAUAUAUCGCCGCGUGCGCAGUACUACGGUGUAUGCUUUUUAAAUCAAUUUUAUUUGGGUAAAGAUGAUUCCAAGAUAGCUGAAGGCCUAAUACGGAUAUAUUUUUCAUUCUUCAAGGCAUCAAUUAAAAAGGGUGAAAUCGAUUCGCGUCUGAUGUCAGCCAUUUUGACGGGUGUCAAACGUGCCUACCCUUUCGCGGAUAAAGAGAGGUUGAUAGACACCUCUGCUCAUAUCGACGCUAUUCACAGGUUGGUGCACUUGGCUGGAAUUAACGUGGCCAUACAUGCGCUGGCGCUUCUAUUUCACGUCAGCGAUACGUCGCAAGGUAUUAGUGAUAGAUAUUACUCGGCGCUAUACAAGAAACUAAUCAAUCCAGAGAUAUUCAGCACGGCCCAUUCCGCUCUGCUCUUCUCUCUUAUAUACAAGUCGUUGAAGCAGGACAAAAAUGUGGACAGGGUUGUCGCAUUCGUAAAACGGUUGUUGCAAUUAUGCUGUUAUAUGACGCCCGGCCAAGUCUGUGGUAUGCUGUUUUUGGUGUCACAAGUUUUGAAGGACGCAAGCAAAAAGGAUGCUCUCAAUUUGACAUGGACAAAAAAGGAGGUUAAGGCAGAAAUGGAAAAUUCCGACCCGGUAGAUCUGGAUGGAGAGGACUUAGAAACGUCCAAAGAAGAAUCACAAACUGAAGAAAAUGUUAACGAUACAGUUGAAGAAAUUGAAGAGAAGAAAGAGAAUAAGAAAAUAGAUUUACUUAUAGGAGAUAAGAAAGAUCUUUUAAUAGAUGACGAAGAAGAAUCGUACGUAGAUCUAAAGAUAGAUGAGGAAGGUAACAUAAAACCAAAAAAGAGAGCCGCUUCCUCUGUCAGCGGAUCAUGGUAUCAUGCAAAAGUGAAAACUGAAGACGUACAGGAUAAAGAAGUAGAGACCAAGAUUCAACUUAAAAAAACAAUUAAUAUGGAAAGAGUAAUCUCCGAAUACAACCCUUUCGCCCGGAACCCGGCCUUUUGUGGCGCCACCCGUAGCGCGUACUUGGAGUUGCUGCCAUUGGCAGCGCACUUUCAUCCUACAGUCAAAUUGUUUGCUGAGAAACUUAUCAAUAGUCAAAUAAUUCAAUACCAAGGCGAUCCGCUAAAAGAUUUCUCCGGAAUUCGAUUUUUGGACCGUUUCGUAUUCAAGAACCCGAAGAAACAAGCAGUCAAUCAGGAAGAGGGGCAGCUGAAGAAAGUUAAAGGGUCUCAUCCCAAAUUUGCUGUCAGAAAGAAUUAUGUGCCUAAAGGACUAAGGAGUAUGCCCGUGAAUUCGUCUACGUACCUAAACGAGGACGUUGCUAAGAUUCCUGUUGAUGAGAAGUUUUUAUAUGAAUUCCUCCAAAAGCGUCGCAAAGACACAGAAUCUGAUGACGAAAGCGACAACGAUUCGGUGACGAGUGAGGACUUCGAGAAAUAUCUUGAUUCCGUCACUGGAACUAAAGCUACAGAAUCUGACGAAGAAAUGGACUUUAUGUCUGAAAUGCAAGCGUCGUUACAAAAGAAGCGUAAAAAGGGUGAAGAGGGAAGUGAUGAAGAAGUUGAUGAUGAGGGUGCUGACGAUGAAGAUAUCCCGGGUGGUGAUUUAGAUGACAGUGAUGGUGAACUUGAUAUUUCUGGUGAUGAUGACGAACCCAUGUUGUCCGGUGAAGAUGAAGAUGAACUACAAUUGGAGAAUAGAGAUGAUGAUGGUGACAUUGUUGAUGUUCCUGGAAAGAAAUUUGGCAAGACCAAGAAGUUGAAACUUAAAGGAGGCGACGAUCUCGGUUCCUUAUUCGCGUCAGCAGAGGAAUUUUCAACUCUCCUAGAAGAAACGGCUACAAACAAAAAACAGGGAUCGAGUCAAGCUGUCUCAAACACAGACAAUUCCAGUGUAAAACAACUAGCGUGGGAAGAAAAUCGCGAUAGAUGGAUAAAAGGCUAUAAUAAAAAUAUUCUUGGUAAGAAAACUAACAAGAAACGCUUUAACAAGACCAAGGGUACUAAAAUGGCAGACAAAAGUGACAAACGGAAAGGCGGGAAAACAGAUGGCGCUGGUGGAAAAAAGAGAAAAACUCGAUAGGUUUAAUAAAGUUUGACGAAUGUA